CCUAAUUUUAUCCGAUUAAAAUAGUCCACCUUAUACAAAAGUUGCAAUAAAACCUAGAUUCUUUCAUUACAGAACAUAGAUGCACCUUGUACGUAACCUCAAUGACCACUGUCCAAACCGAAUCUCUCCCACUAGUUUUCCACCAUAGAUCACCCCAAUUCAGCUACACCUUAACCGAUUGGCUCCAAACCCGUUUCCAACUACUCGAACCCGACGACCCGAACUUCCCUAACCUGUCCCACUCCGUGCGGGCCCUCGCAGUCGCGGGGCCCUCCCCCCUCACUGCCGAAAAUAUCCGCCAGUUCCCGUCGCUGGAGCUGGUGGUAUGCGGCGGCGUGGGCGUUGACCAUGUUGACCUGGCCGAGUGUAAGAGACGUGGGGUAAAAGUUACUAACGCGGGGGAUGCUUUUACUGCUGACGUGGCGGAUUAUGCUGUUGGGUUGUUGAUUGAUGUUUGGAGACGAGUUUCUGCGGCUGAUCGGUUCGUUCGGGCCGGCUUGUGGCCGGUCCAUGAAAUUUUUCCUCUAGCUUCGAAGCUAGGGGGUAAGCAUGUUGGAAUUGUGGGACUGGGAAGAAUUGGAUUUGAGGUUGCUAAAAGGCUCGAAGCAUUUGGCUGUGAAAUUGCAUACAAUUCAAGAAGGAAGAGGACACAGGUUCCGUAUUCUUAUUACGCCAAUGUCAGUGAUCUUGCAACCAACAGUGAUGCUCUAAUUGUCUGUUGCGCAUCAACCAAGGAGACCUACCACUUGAUCAACAAAGAUGUUUUGACUGCUUUAGGAAAGAAUGGUGUUGUAAUAAAUGUUGGUCGUGGAGCUCUCGUUGAUGAGAAGGAACUAGUCAAAUUUCUGGUGCAAGGUGAGAUUGGAGGAGCAGGUCUUGAUGUGUAUGAGAACGAACCUCAUGUGCCUGAAGAGCUGUUUGGACUAGACAAUGUUGUUUUAUCUAAUCAUACUGCUGUUUGCACACCAGAAUCCAUGGCAGCAUUAAAAAGUGUAGUUAUUGGAAACUUGGAGGCAUUCUUUGCAAAUAAGCCCUUGCUGUCUCAAAUCGUGAUCGAGUAAGACACUAUAAAAUCCAGCCUAUUAUAUUGGUCUUGCAAAAUAAGUAAACAGUCGGACCUCCAGAUUAACAGGUGGCUAAAAUUCUACUAUCGAUUUUAUACUUCUUCGAUUCUGUGUGGUUUGUACUCUAAACACUGGAUUGAGACAGCAAAGGCUUUUUUUCUUUGUUGUUUUGUUACCUGGUGAUUUGCUAGUGAUAAAUUUCCAACAAACAUCUAGUGCUGCAUUCAUUACUGCAGUCUGCAUUCA